CAUUCUGCUGCUAUUUAAACAACUUCGAAAUAUAAUACUGUUAAAAUUACCUCUUAUGCAUCCAUGGAAAAACAUCUGAAUAUCAUUCUAUAAUCCAUUUCCUAUUGCAAUGCUAUCCCAGCAUAACUCGCGCAUUGAUCCACUGUGCAAUUUUGUGGGAGUAAAUAUAAUCACGUGUUGCUUAGGCGGCCAAUAGCAGCCAUGGAAGCUUUGAGAAAUAAUUACCUGCCUUGAUUGUUCUAUGGGUAGAUAAAAAAGUACACAUACACUCCAUAUAAUAAUCGGAUGCAUGUAAAAGAGACGGGAAGCGUCGACAUGUCGGCCACGGGUCCCAUAAGUAAUUAUUAUGUGGAUUCCUUAAUAAACCAUGAAAGCGAGGAUGUUCUUGCAGCUCGAUUCUCGGCUCCUGGUUCACAUCCGACUGGCCCUCGUCCUACUUCCCUCGUACCGGAGUGUGGAGACUAUCCUUCCUGCAGCUUUGCCCCGAAACCGCCGGUUUUUACUACCUCUUGGACUCCUGUUCACUCCCAGUCUUCAGUGGUUUACCAUCCGUACAGUCAUCAACCUCAUUUAGGAACGGACUCAAGAUAUGUGCGGUCAUGGCUGGAGCCGAUUUCGGGGGCCAUGUCCUUCCCUGGCUACCCGGCCAACAGCAGGCACUAUGGGCUGAAGCCAGACGCCUUCCAGGAGCAUCGAGCCGGUGACUGUAUCGCCUCAAAUGGACGCACCUACACGGAUUAUAUCUACUGCACCUCCGCUGACAUCCGAGAAAAGACCCAACCAAACAUCCCUUCUCCGGAGACCGAGCUUUUGCCCUCCGUGAAGCAUAAAGACGAGAAGCCAGAAUUAGACCCGAAUAACCCAGUGGCAAACUGGAUUCACGCUCGCUCUACAAGGAAGAAACGGUGCCCUUACUCAAAAUACCAGACUCUUGAACUCGAAAAGGAGUUUUUGUUUAAUAUGUAUCUAACCAGAGACCGUCGAUACGAGGUGGCAAGAGUCCUUAACCUCACUGAAAGGCAGGUCAAAAUCUGGUUCCAGAACCGGCGGAUGAAGAUGAAAAAAAUGAACAAGGAAAAAUCUGACAGCAACAAAGAACAAUAAUAAAGGAAUGGUUAGCCAACAUCAACCCCAAACGGUCAAAACAAGAAUCAGACAAUAUAAAAUAACCACUCUUGCUAUGGACAACAACAAAGAUAAACCAAAAUACAUGACACUAACUCCCUUUCUGAUUUUGGAUUUUGUGGUUGAUGUUGUUUUUGUAUUAACCUUUCCAUGUUUGAUGCUAAAUCUAUUUUUUUCUCCCCGUGCACCUUUCUUUGUCCAAGUUUUAAAGAACCGACAUGUAAGGAAAGAAGACAUUCUGCACUUACUUUAAACAUCGGUGUAGGCUGAUGCUGUGUUUAAAUUCAUAAGGGGCAUUUGAAUUAAACGUAUUUUGGAUACAUGUAAAACCACCCCAGAGUAUAAGGAAUGGAACACUGGAAUUAUUUUAAUUUCUUCACUCCAUAAUUUAUGAUGUCCAUGCGAAUGUUUCCUCUGUUUUUUUUAAUGGUGUGCAGAUGUAGUAGCAUUUUUUGUACAUAAAGAGAACGUCUGCAGUUUUAACAAAUGUCUGUGUUGUGUCUGUGUAGUAACGUAACAGUUUUGUGUACCUAUUGUGCAUUUCAUUUUAUUUUAAUUGUAUAAACACGUGUCCUUCAUAUAAAAUUGUAGUCCUACUUAAAUAUAAACCCUAUCAUGA